UUCACCUUUUGUAACAAUGUCUGGAAGAGGUAAAGGCGGUAAGGGACUCGGGAAAGGAGGCGCUAAGCGUCACCGUAAGGUUCUGCGGGAUAACAUCCAGGGCAUCACCAAACCCGCCAUCCGCCGUCUCGCUCGCCGCGGCGGAGUCAAGCGUAUUUCCGGUCUGAUUUACGAGGAGACCCGCGGUGUGCUGAAGGUGUUCCUGGAGAACGUGAUCCGCGAUGCUGUGACCUACACCGAGCACGCCAAGAGAAAGACCGUGACCGCCAUGGACGUCGUGUACGCGCUGAAACGACAGGGACGCACUCUGUACGGCUUCGGAGGCUAAACGAUUUCAGCUUCGAUAUAAAAACAACGGCUCUUCUAAGAGCCCCCCACCUUUUCACAAGAAAGAGUGUUUUUCAGUAUGCUCUGAUUUUGAUAUAUUCUGUUACUGCAAGAUACAAGGGGUUGCGUUUUAAAAGAGUGAAUCGUUUAAAUUUGCGUAUUGACUCGGUUUUGUCCCAAACUCUUUCAUACACGUUAAAAUUAUAAGUGGUUUUAGGGGGUCUUUGUUAAGCAAUUGAAAUGUGUUUUAGGGCCUCAAUUUGAUGGUAAACCUAGUCUUCAUACAAUUAACGAGUCUAGCUCUUUCAUAAAUUUCUUUAAUGUGUGUAAAAUGACGCUUUAAUGCAAAAGUUAACCGAGAAUGUAAUUUUUGCGCGGGAAAGUUAGACAAAGAAACUGCAAGUUCUGGGGGCAGUUACUCGGGGGCGGGGCGAGAGGAGGGACUAAACUGUCGAGGCAGACGAUUGGCUGAUGUUG